UGAAGUUUUUUUUGCCAUAGGGAGGGUUCACUGUACUGCACUUGAAGGUUUUAGGAUGGUGUCAAUUUGACCCUGACCAGCGAGUAAACCCCACGGGAAUUGCGGACACGCAAAACAAACACACUGAAAAAGGAGUUCUUACCAGCGGUGUCCCAUAUGGAGACGUUGUAGGGUCCCCACUGCUUGAGGAAGAACGCCCCUCCGACGGUGCUGAUGGUGUCUUUGAACUUCUUCUCCGUGUACCUGUGAAGAAGAGACGUCUUGCCCACGUUCAUGUCGCCCAGGAGAACCACUUUCACAUCGGGCUUCCUCAUCUUCGAAGACUCGGGCAUGUUGAACGUUCGCCCCCCCCGGAAGUCACGCUCUGUUACGUUACGAUAAAGACAACUGGCGGUCUAGCUCAUAAACGUCGAGAGCGUAAAGCAGAUCAAAGCCAUUUUUAAUUUAAUUUUUAAUUUUUAUUGAAUUUUUUUUUACGUGUAAAAGUUGGAAAUGGUGAGACUUGACUUCACUUCAAAGUGGCUCAUGCUGAAAUCUGCGCUCGCGCUUUUGAGCGGUUGCGACGAGAAGUGAGCUCGAAACCAGGAAGUGAAACUCGGGGAAACUUUGCCCUCAAUCACGCCUCGCAGGUUCAACCGUGGUACCGUCCCCCCUUCCCAAAGGCCUUUAGAAAAACACUUUAUAGCACGUUUUCAUGCUACGCCAUGAAAUAAAAUGUAAAAAAAAAAAAAAAAUGCCUUGAUAUAUAGUUCUAAAAAUAUUUUAUAGUUAAAUAAAUAACAUUUUCGAAUCGAGCCCAAAGUCACCUGGGAUAUAAGCUCCAGGUCACCCUGGCCGUGGACAUAUAAUGAUAAAAAAAAAUGUCAUUAAAUAACUACAAUUAAAUAACACGUGUAAAUAAAUCAUUAUUUAUCAGGUUUAAUAAAAUUAUUAAGAAUUAUAUUUCAUAAUUGAAUUCGUCAAGACAGAUUGGUGGCGGUUUUCCCCUGGUGUGCUGUCGUCACCCCCAUAAAAAAAAUCGAAAGAAAAAGAAAAACAUACUUAUGGCGGUCAUCCUUCAAUGCUCACUAAACUGAAGCCUCGCGAGUUUUACAGAUUUCGCUGACAACAUUGUACAUACGUACUGAUUUGUACCUAGCAAGUAUUAUAAUAUAGAUGUAUCUAUUAUAUAGUAUUUCCCACUAUGAAGUCUCACUGUAUAUACUGAACAAUAAAUGACCAAAGAAAAGGAGUUAUUUCUCGCAUGAUGUCCUACAAUUGUCGUAUAGAUACGACAGCUUUUGAGAGGAUUUAGGAUUUUCCGAGUAGUCAUAAAGGCACCGUGAACUAUUUCUUCCUGCAUUUGCUGUGGCUAAGGAAAGCCUCAUGAGCAGACGUAUUUGUGUACAGUUGACAGCGUUGAUACGCACUUCGAGUUUAGGUUCAUCGGAAAGACCUCCCAACAGCAGCCAGUUGGCAGCGAACUGCUCCGCCUCCACACCCAAGCAGAGGCGGCGGCGGCGCGCUAACUUCCCCAUGGAGAGGCUAAUGGAGCAGUUCCUGAAGCAGAGCUCGCAGGCCGAGGACAACUUCUACCGCAUGGAGGAACGCCGCUUGCAGGCGGAGGACAACCGACGGGAGGCGGAGCACGCCAGGGAGCUGCACAUGCUCCAGAUGCUCGGGCAGAUGUUCUCCAACAUCUCCUCCGCCAGGCCGGGCUCGACGGCGGCGCCCCCUCCUCACUCCAAGACCGCCGUGCCCACCCACGCCCCCGUGUUCUCCCAACCCUUGCCGUCGUUUACACGCCGACAGCCCUCGCCCCCAACAGACAGUUUGGCCAAGCAGGGUCAGCUGUUGAAGUCGGACCCUCAUGCAUUAGUGUUGGAACGCCGCUACAGCCUGGCCCCGCCAUCCGACGGGGGCAUGGAGGAGCACGUCCUGUCUCUAGUGAAGAAGAUAGUCCCUCCGCUGUCCAGAAACAAGCACAAAGGACAAGAUGGCCGAAUCGGGAUCAUCGGCGGAUGCCAAGACUACACUGGAGCGCCCUACUUUGCCGCCAUCUCCGCAUUGAAAGUGGGUGCGGACUUGUCCCACGUGUUCUGCACCAAAGACGCUGCAGCUGUAAUCAAAUCCUACAGCCCUGAACUCAUAGUUCACCCUGUCCUGGACGGUCCUAACGCAGUGGAGGAAAUCGAAAAAUGGCUCCCGAGACUGCACAGCCUUGUGGUGGGACCCGGUCUAGGGAGAGAGGACUUCUUAUUAAAAACAGCUAAGGAGGUGAUAGAGAAGUCCAAAGCAAGAGAUAUUCCAAUCGUAAUCGAUGCGGACGGCUUAUGGCUGGUCACAAAGCAGCCGUCUGUUAUUCGGGGCUACCAGAAGGGCAUCGUCACGCCCAACUUCAUGGAGUUCACGCGACUGUACGAGACGCUGCAACACAAGGCCGUGGACAGCGUCGAUCACCGUAGUAGCGUCCUGCAGCUCAGCGAAACCUUGGGAAACGUCACCGUGUUGCUCAAAGGAGAGAAGGAUCUCAUUGCAGAUGGCAGCACUGUGGUCGCGUGCAGUACAGAGGGGAGCGCAAGGAGAUGUGGAGGACAAGGUGAUCUUUUGUCUGGAUCUGCUGGUGUACUGGCACACUGGGCCCACGCCGCCUCUCAAGCGGGACUGAUCACAGGUGUGAACCCGUCGGUGGUGGCAGCGAUGGGGGCCUCUUCGCUCACCAGACAGUGCAACAGACAAGCCUUCCAGCGACACGGCAGGUCCACCACCACCUCAGACAUGAUCCUCGAGAUUGGCCCAGUCUUCAAAAAUCUAUUUGAAAGAUGAAAACCAACAUUAUACAUACAAAAAAUAAAACACCAUGUGUUCGAUUCUUCA